UUAAAUGGGCGGAGAUUUUCACUGUCCCAUUAUGGAAGAGAGUCUCAAAUUUAUACUUCAAUGUACAUCACAAGAAGAAGGCAAUGGAGCCCGAGAUGGAGCCUCUUCUUCAACGAAGAUACUGUCCUUUCCCUCCCUUCCAGCCACUGUGGCAGAAGUGAAGGCCCGGAUAGAGAAGGAGUGUCAAAUUCCUGAACCACUUCAGGCCAUCUUGUUCGGGUCUGUGAUCCUAGAGUCCAGCACUGAGCUGAAGUCACUCCGCCUCAGAAGUGGUGACACCCUAACAGUGAGAUACCACUCCACAGCGCAGUGUAAGGAACUAGACGAAGGAAUGGCAUGGAUACAAUAUUUGCUUGAAACUUUUCAGAGAUUAGGAGUACCUCUGAGCUACAGCAUGCAACAGCAAGACGACACUAUAUUCCAGGCACUGGAAUCAAUUAGAGAAGAAGACAACUUCAUGACACGCCUUGCUUUUGAUUAUUCACUUCCAUGGCUUGAGCCAAGAGUAUCAGCAAACAAAGUUUACUUCAUACAGAAAAAAGGACUUGAGAAGUUGCUUGAACUCCACACUUGCCUUGUUUCCUGUCAAUGGCAUGCAUUACCCUUAGAGCUACAGCUGCUUCAAGGACAAAUACUAAUGGUAAUCUGGAACCUUGCAGAAACUUUUCAACUGAGACGAGAAAUUCUUAAGCGUGGUGGACUGGAGAAAUGCAUCCAGAGUCUUGUACAAGUUAGAAUAGUACCUGAAUUGCUGGAAGAGAAUGACAAAGAUGAUAUGGUAACAAUUUGGGAGUGUAUACGAUCAUCUGUUGGCGCAUUGGCAAAUUUAUGUGAAUUACCAGAGACUCACUUGACUUUAGCUACAAACAGAGAAGCCAUUGAGCAGCUAAUGAGCAUAGCAACGACAAAAACAUUUGACCUUAAGAGCAUCCAAGCUGUCGCUGUCCUCCUCCUAGUGUUGAGCUAUACAUCAGAAACACAUCCAUACUUGAUACAAUCAAAAGUUGUGGAAAGCAUGAUGAAUUUGAGUUACCUCAAUGAAGAUGAAUUUUAUUUCAUUGGAUAUGUGGAAGAGAUCCAGCCAAUCCUAAUGAAUUAUCACAGAGCAACAUUCUUUGCUCACCUUUUCUUGAUUUCCACUGACCUCCUAUCCACAGAACAAAUCCUCUUAAUUAACGAUUGCAUAUCACAAUUCCUUGCAAUGGCUACAACAGAAGAACUCAUAGAUGCUGAACUGAAAGAACACUACAUCUGGGAGACAUUCAUACCAUACGUAAGACUCUUCUACCAGCCUCCAAUACCUAGUACCAGUCCCAUCCUAUCAAUGCCAGACUUUGAUGUACUGCAAAGAGACUGUCUCUAUGUUAACUUGAUGGCAUUACAUAACAUGCUAAGCCGUGAGAAUCACAGGACAAUCUUGAAACGUCAAGAGCUACUGGACUACAUCACUUGCCUUCCGUGGCAUCUUUCUGGAGAUUUAGUAGAAAGUGGACGCGAGUUGGUAAGAUUAUUUCAGUUUGAUUCUCAAAUAAAUUUACAACCACCAUCACUGAGUAAUAUGGCUAAAGCCAUUGUUGCUAAGAACUAUUGUGGGCUGGAACGUGUGCUUAAGGAACCUGUGAUUGAACUGUAUCAAAACAUUCAAAGAUAGCUGUACUCAUUAUACAAAAAAUAAUUCAAUUUUAGAAAAAAUUUUUUGUAUUAUGUAUAUACAUACUGACAUGAUACUGUAUGUAGUGUAGUUAUUCAAACAAUUUAUGAUUGAUAUCCAA